AAUCUCCAGGUCAGGCCUUCAGCACUUGGCUCCUGUGCAUUCCCUCAACAUUGCAGUCUCCAAUGGACCAGUGAAGGAACCAAGAGCAGCCUUAGAGUGGACUGAAAAUGCUGUGAAUGGAGAGCAUCUGUGGCUAGAGACAAAUGUUUCUGGGGACCUCUGCUACCUGGGGGAGGAAAGCUGCCAAGUCAAAUUCUCAAAAUCCGCUCUGCGGAGGAAGUGUGCCGCCUGCAAGAUUGUGGUCCACAAUGCCUGCAUGGAGCAGUUAGAGAAGAUUAAUUUUCGCUGCAAACCGACUUUCCGAGAAGGAGGAUCCAGAUCUCCAAGAGAAAACUUUGUCCGACAUCACUGGGUGCACAGGCGGAGGCAGGAGGGGAAAUGCAAGCAGUGUGGAAAGGGCUUUCAGCAGAAGUUUUCCUUCCAUAGUAAAGAGAUAGUGGCCAUCAGUUGUUCCUGGUGCAAGCUGGCGUUUCAUAACAAAGUCACCUGUUUCAUGCUGCAUCACAUUGAGGAGCCGUGUUCCCUGGGGGCUCAUGCUGCUGUCAUUGUGCCUCCCACCUGGAUCAUUAAGGUGAAGAAACCUCAGGUGGUCUCCAUACCAGGAGACGAGCCUGAUUGGGCAGGAGACUGGAGCCCCGAAGGGGAAACGGGCGUCUCCUACCCCUAUUGGGAGGGUUGGCAGAACUCCUUAAAGACUUCAACACGGCGAAAGAAGAGAACGUCUUUUAAAAGAAAAGCCAGCAAAAGAGGCAAUGAAGAGAACAAAGGCCGGCCGUUUGUGAUAAAGCCUAUCUCCUCUCCACUCAUGAAGCCACUGCUGGUUUUUGUCAAUCCAAAAAGUGGAGGGAAUCAGGGUACCAAGGUUCUCCAAAUGUUUAUGUGGUAUUUGAAUCCACGCCAGGUGUUUGAUCUCUCUCAGGAAGGGCCAAGAGAUGCGCUGGAACUGUACAGAAAAGUGCCAAAUCUGAGGAUCCUGGCCUGUGGCGGGGAUGGGACGGUGGGCUGGAUCCUCUCCAUCCUUGAUGAGCUGCAACUCAGCCCCCCGCCUCCAGUGGCUGUCCUUCCGCUUGGCACUGGGAAUGACCUUGCCCGCACCCUCAACUGGGGUGGGGGUUACACAGAUGAACCAGUGUCCAAGAUCCUCUGCCAUGUAGAAGAUGGGACCAUUGUCCAGCUGGACCGCUGGAAUCUGCAGGUUGAGCGCAACCCUGAUUUGCCCCAGGAUGAGCUGGAGGAUGGGGCACGUAAGCUUCCCCUCAAUGUCUUCAAUAAUUACUUCAGCCUUGGAUUUGAUGCACAUGUUACGCUGGAGUUCCAUGAAUCUAGAGAAGCAAAUCCAGAGAAAUUCAACAGCCGGUUUAGAAAUAAAAUGUUUUAUGCAGGGGCAGCUUUUACAGACUUUCUGCAAAGAAGCUCAAGGGAUUUAUCCAAGCAUGUUAAAGUUGUGUGUGAUGGUACAGACCUGACUCCAAAGAUCCAGGAGCUGAAGUUCCAGUGUAUAGUGUUUUUAAACAUACCCAGGUACUGUGCUGGCACAAUGCCCUGGGGAAACCCUGGAGAUCACAGAGACUUUGAGCCCCAGCGCCACGACGAUGGCUACAUUGAGGUCAUUGGGUUCACCAUGGCCUCUCUGGCUGCUCUCCAGGUGGGUGGUCAUGGAGAGAGGUUGCACCAGUGCCGUGAGGUGACACUUUUAACGUACAAGUCUAUCCCCAUGCAAGUGGAUGGGGAACCGUGUCGAUUGGCCCCCUCACUCAUUCGGAUCUCCUUAAGGAACCAAGCCAACAUGGUGCAGAAGAGCAAGAGGAGGACAUCUAUGCCUUUGCUGAAUGAUCCUCAUUCCAUCCCAGAUCGCCUGCGGAUCAGAGUGAACAGGAUUAAUUUACAAGAAUACGAGGGGCUACAUUACGACAAGGAAAAACUCCGGGAAGCUUCCAUUCCCCUAGGAAUUAUAGUUGUGCGAGGAGACUGCGACUUGGAGACUUGUCGUAUGUACAUUGACCGCCUGCAAGAGGACCUACAGUCAGUACCUUCUACUACACAGAGAGUUCAUUACCAGGACCAGGAAAGCUCUUUCCCCAGAGUACUUUCUGUCCAGAGGCUCUCUCCUAGAUGGUGCUUCCUAGACGCAACUUCUGCUGAUCGUUUUUACCGCAUUGACAGAUCUCAGGAACAUUUGCACUUUGUGACAGAAAUUUCGCAGGACGAGAUUUUUAUUCUGGACCCAGAGGUGGUAAUGUCACAGCAGGUGGGGACGCCACCAGGAAUGCCUGAUCUGGUAGUGGAGCAGGCCUCUGGAAUAUCAGAUCGGUGGAACCCUGCUGUGCGAAAGAGGAUGCUGAGCGACAGUGGCCUUGGCAAGAUCUCCCCCCACUACGAGGUACCUGACAAACAAAAGGACGCCAGCCAGACACAUAUGCUGCAGUCACCAGUUUCUUCAGAAGAUCAAGCACUUUUACAGGCAGUCAUAUCUGGUGAUCUACUGAAGUUCAUAGAAUGCUGUAAAAAAGGAGCCAAUUUGUUAAUCCAAGGACCUGAUCACUGCUCCUUGUUGCACCAUGCUGCCAAGACUGGGAACGGCGAGAUUGUGAAAUACAUCCUGGAACACGGUCCAUCUGAAUUACUGGACAUGACAGACAGUGAAACGGGUGAGACAGCAUUACAUAAGGCAGCCUGCCAGCGCCACCGCGCCGUCUGCCAGCUCCUGGUGGAUGCGGGAGCCUCUCUGAGAAAGACAGACUCCAAGGGUAAGACCCCUCGUGACAGGGCUCAGCAAGCUGGUGACCCGGAUCUGGCUUCCUACCUGGAGAGUCGACAAAACUACCAAAUGGUUACCCACGAAGAUCUAGAGACAGCAGUCUGAUGUCUGAAAAUGUCGAAGAGGAUCCUUGGAAGUCUCAAGGCUUCACCUGAGUCACUCAGGCGUCAUGUGAGAAAGAAGCUGAUGGAAUCAACGUGUCUCUCACUCUAGUGGAAAAUACCUGAGGACAUGCCACCAGUUUCUAAGGGCUACUGAGUCUUGCCACGGAAUGGUUAGGUUCCAUAAGUUAGCCCAUGAUAGAUGAGGUGGGACACUCAAAGGUCUGUGGAAUCCAUGGGCCAUGGAAAUUUACCGUUAUUGCUUCCAGCAAGUAGCAUGAACUUCUCCCAUGUUCAUCUGUACAAUUUAUUUUAAAAAAAAAGGAAGAAAAAACAAAAGGAAAGACAAGAGGGUGUGGGGGAACAAAACUCCAAACUAACUGGGACAUUAAAGCACCCAAUGAGGCCCUCCUCCAUCUUUACAAUUUCCUACAUUCCUUUUAUUCUCCUGUUCCCCUCACUUCUCAUCAGUUAAAUAGUACCUGUUAUCUCUGUGUUUUCUUCACAAAUGGUCAGGCAGUAGCAAAAUAUUUGAUGAGCUCUGGAUGCCCUUAGGAAAAGUCCAGUGUUUUUACCAGCUACACUCCCUCCCUUGCCAUCCUCUCAAAAGCUGCAUCCUCAGUACCCCAUCGCUAUGGAGUUUCCUCGCUUUAGGAGAGGAUGCUGCCUGUUGCCUUGUUUCCCAGGGUGUGGGGCACAAUUAGAUUUACAGCAGUGACAAAACCUAACCUCGUUGUUGCUGGGUAUGUGGUUAUGGUAGCCUCAUGAUACAGUAAUUUGUAUGGAAAGGAGUUAUAUGGGAUAUACCAUGUCGAAUGGCAGAGCAGAAAGUUACCAGUAAGGUUUCUCAUAUUACUUUUGUGUGUGUGUAAUGACCGAUCCAGUUCUGCUCAGGUUUCAGGCCUUGCUCAAAGCUGAUAGUGGUUCUUUAGUCUUGAAAACAUGGGUUUUACACUGGAGAUAGAUUUGUGCAACACUGAGGGAGUUCUGAUGGACUGAUAUAUGGACCUAGUGCCCUUUGCAUUACAGCCAGAGAUAGGAAGGAGGCCUAGAACAUCAGUUAUCAGCCUUGCUGCUGCCAACAAACAAAUGGGCACUGGUCCAGUCGCAUGUGGAAUAGAAAAACCUUCUUUGACGGAACCUGUAAACUAUCUGAUUCUUCAAGAGAACAAAGUUUCAGGGAGUCUGUCCCACUGGAGAAGGACAAGCAGCAGCUCCUUGCCUCAUUACCCACUAUAGGCUCAAAAAUGUAAAGCUUAGCCACUGUAAAGGCCCGCUAUGUCUUCACUACUCGUCUGUUCUCUGUCUUAUAACCGUAAAAGAAGAGAAAGCAAACACACAUACACACAAGCAUAAACAAAAUGUUCCACCUUUGGGUUUCCAAUUGCUGCAGAUAUCUCAGCUGCCAGAAAUAACAGAGCUUCCACUUCUACUUUAUCUGACCAGUUCCCAUGAAGACAUUCAUGA